AUGUUGUUCCUGGCGCCGCGCAAACAUUUGUUUGCGAGCAACUUGAUCAUUUUGCUAAUGAUCUAUGUGAUGCGCAAGUGCCUGCAGCUCUUCUGCAUCAUCGAGAAUCGUGGCGUUAACCCGGAGGAGGAGAACGAGAAUAAGGAGCCACGUGAGGUGGUCAAGGAGCGUCGUCGCCGCGGUGGCUUCAAGAUCAUCCCCGAUGCCAUGCACCAGAGCAUGCACGGUUUUGGGUACGGCGAAGGUCACUACCAGAUCUUUGUGGAGAAGAAGGAGCGCAAUUUGCCCACCAAAUCUCGCCUCAACGCGGCCACAGCCGAAGUCAAGCUGAAUCCCAAUUAG